GGCAGGGAAGGCCCGGCCGGCUCCCCCGCAGGCUGCCAGUUCAGCAGUUAAUUUUGAUGAAACAAUAGCAGGUGCCUGGGUGAAAGAUGCCGAGUUGGGUGUUGGUAAGCCUCUAAAGGCGUGCUCUUAAAAAAACACCAAACCGAAAACCCGCCACGUUUUGAAGAUUUUCUUCUGCUGCUUGCACCAGUUCUUCCUGCCCAGACAGGACUCCUUCCUCCAGGGAGCACAAGGCAGGCAUAAGUUUAAAUAGCUCAUAAUUAACAUCAUCAUUUGCAAAUGCAAUGGAAGAGGGCAAGAUUGAAGAUGUCCAGGGUAUUCUACGACUUAAUGUGCGAGGAUGUUUAUACACAGCCAGGCGUGAGUCUUUAUGCCGCUUUAAGGAUUCAAUGUUAGCUUCUAUGUUUAGUGGACGCUUUCCUCUAAAAGUGGAUCAAUCAGGAGCAUGUCUAAUUGAUCGAGAUGGAAGCCUGUUUAAAUAUCUUUUGGAUUAUCUUCACGGAGAAGUUCGGAUUCCUGGAGAUGAACGAAUUCGAAUUGCACUGCAGGAGGAAGCAGAUUAUUUUGGCAUCCCUUAUCCAUACAGUCUGUCUGACCAUUUGGCCAAUGAAAUGGAGACAUAUUCUUUAAGGUCAAAUAUAGAGCUUAAAAAGGCUUUGUUAGAUUUCUGUGAUUCUUAUGACUUAGUUUGUACCAAGCCUACAGUUUGGGUCCUGCACUAUCUCAACACUUCUGGAGCAAGCUGUGAAAGUAAAAUUAUUGGUGUAUAUGCCACAAGAGCUGAUGGGACUGAUGCAAUUAAUAAGGAGCUAGGAACGAAAAUUCAUAGUAAAAGCAUUUACAAAAGAGAAGCUGGAAAUAAUGUCCAAUACAUCUGGAGCUAUUACUCAGUAGCUGAGUUGAAAAAGAUGAUGGAUGCUUUCGAAGCCUGGGAAGGGAGAGGUGUCAGCUACUGGAGAGUGCCUCAGGAGCUGAUUGAAUGUUGGACUCUUGAAGAACGCCCCUUGAAAGGCAGUUUGCAUCAUAUGCCUCCAGUUCACAAAAGACGAUUAAUUGACUUUACUGAAGAGGAGGACUAUUUACCAUGUAAAGCAGGUCCCAAGCCAAUUAGAUUCUCAGGUCCCUCAACAAGUACCCAUAUCAAAGUCAAGAAUUCAGCUUCAUUAAAGGUAGCUGCUUGCAAAGAUUCGGGUUCUGCAGUCACUCUCAAACGACCCAACAGUGAAAGUCUGAUGCUGCACAAAGUAGCUUCUGAAACUGUAUCCACAACAUGCACAUCAGUGCCCAACAACUCCCAGGUGCCCUGUGGAAGGCAGAGUGCUGACAGUGGGACACGAUGUCAAAUGACCUUCAAGAUCGAAGUGUCUAGGAAGCCCGUAAGCAACCGUGUAGUAAAGCUAAAGCGAAUUCCUCUUUUUGUGGCACCAUCUCAGCCAUCUUCUUCUGUAUCCAGUAGAACAAGUGAAGAGGACAGUGCUGCUGUUCAAAUUCCUACUACUUCUAUGAUACUAAACAAGAAAGAACCAGCUGUAUUAGCAGAGAAUAUUAAGCAUGAUAAAGUGGAUGGAUAAUGUUUGGCUCAGCCUGAUAGACUGCAUAGCUUUGCAUCAUCUGAUCCAAGAAGAGAUUAUCAUCUUGUGGUCAUUUGUUCAAAGAUUUACUAGAAAAUUGUUAUGAAAAUGUUUGUGAAUAGCGUAGGGUUAAAUUGUUAAGUGAGCAUGGAAGUGUGUUUUCUGCUUUAUUUCUAAGUAUGUUUUAGCUAUUGGGAAGGGAGAAAGAAAAAUGGAUUAAAAACCCCUCAAAGACACAGCAUGUGCAGUCUAAUGUUUUGGUAUCUCACAUCUGUAUUUUUGACAGGCUGUACUAGUACAACUGACCUUUUUAAAGGAUGUACUUCCACAGCAUAAAAAAUGACCUCUAUCAACUCUGAACUACAGUUAACAUUAACUAGAGUUCAUUUCCUUAAUUUGUAUCUUUAAAGCGAGGAGAAAUAGGUAACAAUAAGUAGAUUUCAUUAGAUACAAGUUUGUAACAUACGGAGUACUGCGAAGAGUGCAGAAGUUGCAUACACUUACUGGUACUUCUGGUGAGGGUAAGUAACCAUUUUGUUAUUAACAGCAAUGAAAGGGAGCGCCUUUGCUUGUACACAGUGAGAAAAUUCAGAAAUAAAGGGAAGAAGCAUACCUCUAGGGAGCAUCAAGGCAAUUUGUUCCUUAGACCUGAGACCUAUGUGUACUACUUUCCUAACGUGCCGUGAUCUACCUGGGGGUUGACGCUGCUGCAGGCAGCCUGUGCAGCCUUGGCAUUUUGCAUCGCACUACUGUGGGGUGUAGAGUUGCAGCUGGCCUUCCCAGGUCCUUCUGCAGGCACUUUCACUUGAGGAGGGGACCACCUCAACUUCUGUGCAGCAAAGCAGCGUUCACAGAAGAACCCGGGUUUGAAGAAAGGGCAAAGAACCCUUCCUUCCCUCAGAGCAGGAUGCAAGAGACCACCUUGUACCAGCAUAAAUUUUGAGUAAUGAUACUAAAGUGAAGAGCUCCUGGUUUCCUCUUAGAGCAGAGGAAAGUCAAAUUUGGUUCCCUGAUUUUAAAAAGUCCUUUUAGUUGUUUAAAACAGUGAAUGAAACCUGGCUUUGUUUGUGCCCUUGUUUGCUUACAGUUGGGUGCUGGGUUUCUUUGUUGGUUUUGCUACUGCUUUUGCUUUUCCAGCAUAGUAAAUACGGCUGGCCCUAAACGUUGGGAAUGCCUGUCACAGUGCCGGAAUUCUUAAAAUUCCUGAGUCCAACUGGCACUAAGCUCACAAAAAGUAUGGAAUUUUCCAUAUGUACAAGAAAAAAAAGCUUUGAGAAUAAUCCUACAGGAGUUUCUGAGUUUGCAUUUGCUCAGUGUUUAUUUAAUUAUUCUGGUAGCACAGGUAUUUUUGGAGUAACAUUCGUUUCAUUUGCAUUACAGUGGUUUUAAUGGGUCUUUUCUUUGUCCUACAUAUACUGCCUUUUGGUUAAAAGAAACAAAAAAAAAACCCAAAACCCUAAAACAAAAAAAAAACCAAACCCUCACUUGAAUUUCAGUAGAUGAAACCAGAAAGAGGCUGUGGUGGGGAGGUAGAGCAAGAUUAUUUUUUGAGGAACUUGGUUUUAUUUAUUUAUUUUUAAUUGGAUGAGGUGCAAACAUGACCUUUUAUCUUAUCUGAGUUGGCACUCUCAGCGGGGUUUUUAUACCUGUGAAUUAGCUAAGUUUCUCUCAAUUGAUGGACUGAUAUUAAAGUUUUGUGAUACCCAAAUAGCAUUUAACCUUCAUGGGGACUUUCACUAUAAAAAUAGCUUUGCCCUUAUCUACCUAAAGCCUUUUAAAAUGUGGAAGUAAAAUAGAAUUCUCUGGGAGGCCAGUAGCUGAAAACAAAUGAAACUUCCCAGUCCAAGGACAAGUUAUUCCUUAACCAGGCUGUGUUUUUUGAGGCCUGGAACACGGAGCAGAAAUUCUGCAAGUCUUGAGUUUCCUAGAGGUUGAAACUUCCUCAGAACUCUAUGUUCCCGUUUCUUGAAAGUCUGCAGUUUUCUUAACAUUUGUCUAACUCAAUGAACAAAGUAGGAGCUAGUACUGCAUUUGCACUGAUGGAACUGUGAUACACCGUACUUACAUAUCGGAUAGUCUGGGGAAACUUCUAAAGGUAAACUACAGUUUUAUAACUGGGUCAGAUGCACUGUCAAGUGGUGUGACAGUGGUUUACUUCGAACCUUUGCAAAAUUAUCAUUCAUCAUAGAGAAAGUUACUCCAAUGUAGUAAUGUAGUGAUUACUAGAAUCUAAUAGCUGCAUUCUAAAGGCUGACAUAUGUAUCACCACUGUAGUUUGAUGUGUUAAAUUUUUUCCUCACAAAUGCUGUCGCUUUUCCAGUAGUUUAGUUGUCCUUUUCCACUACUGUCUUUCCAAACCAUCAGUGAUAUGGCAUCACAUGGGUUAAGGAAACAAGAAAAAUACAGUUCCAAGUUAAAUUUCUAGAAAAUUACUCCUCUGUGAUUACACAUGGGCUUGUGAUUCAGAGGGCCUAUUAUCACCAAGAUGUGAUUCAAACAGAUGUAAUUCUAUCUGUAUGCUUCAGAGUAUAGAGAACUCAUUUGUACUUGAUGUAAGCAAGCAAACAGGAUUUCAUGUGAUAGGCACAUGUAGCCACUGAUCCUCAGGGAGACUUUUCAUUAGGCUUGUUUUUAGCUGAAGAGCCACAGAAGUACCAAAGCUACGUCUUCUUUUCUUUCACUGUUGCAGUUAUUUUCCUAUCAGCUCUUCCAGAGCAGAAAAGUACUCUUUUAAAACAGCUUCCAUUAUACUGCUUAGAUAAAAAACAUUGUGUAGUUCAAAUCUUACUAUGGCUAAAAAGAAACACUAACAUUGCCCAGGAGCAAGCAGAUUUCAUCUACCUGCAUUAUUCCCAACCCAUGAAUAACAAAUUCUCACCUGAUAGAACCAGGAGGUCAGCUGUGCCAUCAAAAAAUUGGGAUUAAAGCUGUCUGUCCCUUAGCUGCAGUGACAGAGUCAAAGUGUGGUUAGAAGUAAAAAUCUAAAUACUCUGUAGUAAUAAAGCCCCACAAAAAUCUAGAUUCAUUUUGGGCAACACCUUGUAUUAAAAGAUGUUAAGCAGUAGAAACAAGGUAAGGCUGAUAUUACAGACCUUUGCUGUUUUCUGAGCUUUGUGGAUCUCUCUUCUUACGUUCUUCCUGGCAAAACAAUCUGGCUGUUUAUACCAGAAUUGAUCACUCUUGGAUGAAAAUUACUUUGCAAAUUCAUGGGGUCGUGUGAUCAGCUGUGUAGCAUGCUCAGAGUUUGCAUCAAGGAUUUGGCCCUUUUCAAAGUUGCCCUUUUCUUCUAUAUCUAUUUUUCACUCAUUCUAGUCUCUGGUACAACAUACAUUAACAAUUUAGUACAGUUUUAGUAGUUUUCCAUAAUAAAAUAGCUGUAUUGUCUCAAAUUUCUGGCAAUUUUCUGUAUCCUCACAUGGGUAACUGGCAGUGGCACUGGAACUUGAGACCUCUGGAUGCCAUGGUGCCUCUGCUGUAGUCACAAGUUAUGAACAAGAAGGAUGUGGCUGAUUUAUAAAUCUUGAUGGAGCCCAGUCACUACCUGGGGAAACAGACACUAAGAACUGCCCUUUGUACAAGCUCAGACCAGGUGCUCCCUACAACAACAGGGUCCAGGAAG